UAAAAAAUGAAGUUGCUAGUAUUUGCUCUUUGCUGCGCUGUUCUCAGUCAACAGGUUAUAUCGCAGGAAUCAUUAGACAUCAAUGAUAUUUCAAUUUGUCUUAAGAAUAUAGUGCAAAGUGGGUCGCCAGAAUUUGGCAUACCAAUUUUAGAUCCACUGAAUAGUGAAUUAAGUGUAGAUUUAGCUACUUUCGGAAUUAAUUUAGUCAGCGGUACUCUAGAUCUUAAAAACUUGUUGCUUCAAGGAAUCUCCGGUUUUAAUUUAGAAGAUGUCGAUAUCAGCAUUAACGGAAAUGAGUUAACGCUGAAUUUCAAAUUGAUAGAACCGAGAAUAACGAUUGAUGCUGAUUAUAAUGUGAAUGCACAUAUAUAUGGGUUCCCCGCAAUUUCAAAUGGAAAACUAAAUGCCAUUAUUGUUGAUUUAGUUGCUUUAGUUAACAUCACAGCUGAUCUGCAAAUUGGAGAUAUUAUAGUUGAAAAUUUCCAAAUCAGUCCCAAAAUUGGCAAUGUGGAUGUGAAAAUCAGUGGCAUAUUAGGCACUUUGGUCAGCACGGUAGUGAACACUUUCUUCAACAAUAACUCAAAAGAACUUGGUGUUAUUAUUGGAAAUUAUUUGAAGCAAAUUAUUAACAAUGGCAAAGGGACUGAGUAUGAUAUAAAUAACAUUAUCAAUGUCAUCUUUACGGAAUGCAUUAAUCUUUAA